AUGGAAGUGUGUUCUUCUGUUAAUGACAAGCUUGAGAACUGCAUAAGUAGUCUUGAAGGCACUUUUAGUGCGUCAUUACAUAUACAAGAUGCUGAGAAACCGGAGCAUGUGUCUAAGGAGCGUGAGAUUUGCAAUGUAGCAGAGGAAAACUUAUGUGCGGUUAUUAAACCGAAAGAAGCAAAACUCAACAUGGUGUCUUUUAGAAAAUCGGCAACCUUUCCGCUUCCUCGUGUGGUGUUGCCUUCAAGCAAGUCUGACAAAAAGGCAGCAUCAGUUACAGAAUCGCCUUCUGAGCAUUCUGUCCAUCAAGCUUACUCCCGUUCAAUAUCUCUGCCGGCUCCUUCGGAACUUAAAUCUGCAAUGAAAGGUAGUCGUGAUAAAAACGGGGAAGGGCAUGUGAAAUUGACAGUGAAAUGGGCUGCUGAUGUAUAUGAUCCAAUACCUACGUUAGUGUCGCACACUGUCAAAAACAAGAAACAGCCGAAGUCCAGGAAGAAGAAGAAUGAAAAGAAAAGUUUGAAGAAAGGUAACAAGGGAAAUUCAGCCAGAGGGAGCAGUGGCAAAGAUAAGAAACAGCCUCGCAACCUUGUUCAGUCGUCGGAUUCUCAAGUUAUUGAAGGUUCUUCUGAUUUUGCCUCUGUUGAUGUUUGUAGCCAAGAUUCAAACUGCGGAGCUAGUUUCUUGAAAAAAUCAGUUACAGAAAUGCAUUACUCUGUUGCAGAAGCUCAAUGA